CACUGCGAGUGGAGAGACAGGAAGAGCUGCGCAGCGUCUGAAAACACACACACACACACACACACACUCUCUCUCUGUUACACACACGUUUACAGUGUUUCACAUUAAAGCGGACAUUAAACGGUAACAUUUCACACCGAGGGGAAUUUAAUAUCCGCCAUGAUGAAGAUAAAGAUGAUGAUAAUAGUGUAAUGAUUAACUGCCUCCUCCGCGCGCGCAGCUCCGGAUAAGUGGCAGAAAUAUAAAUUUCAGUUUCAGCUCUGAUCAUCUGUAUUUCUGUGAUUAAUGCAGAAACUUCAGACAGAAAAUGGCGACAUGUUGAGCUUUGAGCUGCAGUAACAUACUUUCUCUGGAGAAACAUCAUGGAACCUGGAACUGACACACAGGGAGAUCCGGACAAACCUCUGCAUCAUGCAGAGAACAGAGAGCACCCCGCCCCCUCAGGUGGCCUGAUGCCUGGUGAUGAUGCAAGUGUUCUGACUCCGGGUAGGAUGAGGAAGGAGGCGGGGCUUCAUUCACACAACAAAGACCAGAUAACCAGCUGCACCCUGAGCCCCGGAUCCAAUCCAGGACACGGUUUUGAACGGAAGGAGGACAUCUUACCUCUAAAAGAGGAUUCAUCUUUGUCCAUAUCUAAAAGCAAGUCUGAGUCUAAGCUGUAUAAUGGAUCAGAUAAAGAUGUCUCAACCCCAGCUAACAAACUCACCAAGAAAGAGUCUCUCAAGGUCCAGAAGAAGAACUACAGGGAGGAGAAGAAGCGAGCAACUAAAGAGCUGCUGAGCACAAUCACUGAUCCUUCAGUCGUUGUUAUGGCUGACUGGCUAAAGAUUCGUGGCUCUCUGAAGAGCUGGACGAAGCUGUGGUGUGUGUUGAAGCCAGGUGUGUUACUGAUCUAUAAGAGUCAGAAGAGUGAUCAGUGGGUGGGGACGGUGCUACUGAGCGCGUGCGAACUCAUUGAGAGACCUUCAAAGAAAAACGGCUUCUGCUUCAAACUGUUCCACCCGCUGGAGCAGUCAAUAUGGGCCAUCAAGGGCCCUAAAGGGGAGACUGUUGGUUCUAUCACUCAGCCUCUACCCAGCAGUCACCUCAUAUUCCGAGCUGCUUCAGAGUCAGAUGGUCGUUGCUGGAUGGAUGCUCUUGAACUGGCUCUUAAAUGUUCCAGUCUGCUAAAGAGGACAAUGAUCCGUGAGGGAAAAGAGGAAACAACUGAACACACACACAUCAACUUCUACAGCCUGUUGAGAUCACACAACCUGCAUGAAAGUGACCAGUUUAAGGAUGAACUGAACUCAGAUAAGUCAGAUAGAGAGAUCGAGCAGGACGAGUGGGAGAAGAGUGAAGAGAGUGACACUGACACCAGUGAACGACAGGAAGACUCGUAUGCAGACCUGGAACAUGACACACUGAGGGAAACUCUUUACAUGGAGCAGAGCCAUGAGGAGCUGGGCGAGGCGGGUGAGGCGUCUCAGACGGAGACAGUGUCUGAGGAGAAUAAGUCUCUGAUCUGGACACUCCUGAAGCAGGUUCGGCCCGGAAUGGAUCUGUCCAAAGUGGUUUUGCCCACCUUUAUCCUUGAGCCCAGAUCAUUCCUGGAUAAACUGUCUGACUACUACUACCAUGCUGACUUCCUGUCUGAAGCCGCAGUAGAGGAAAACGCCUACAACCGUAUGAAGAAGGUGGUGAAGUGGUACAUCUCCGGAUUCUACAAGAAACCAAAAGGUCUGAAGAAACCAUACAACCCCAUCAUAGGAGAAACGUUUCGCUGCAUGUGGAUUCACCCAAAGACCAACAGCAAAACAUUCUACAUCUCAGAGCAGGUAUCUCAUCAUCCUCCAAUUUCUGCCUUCUAUGUCAGUAACAGGAAGGACGGAUUCUGUCUGAGUGGCAGCAUCCUGGCCAAGUCGAAGUUCUACGGAAAUUCUCUGUCGGCUAUUUUGGAUGGAGAAGCGAGACUAACCUUCCUAAACCGAGGAGAAGAUUAUGUCAUGAACAUGCCGUAUGCACACUGCAAAGGUAUUCUCUAUGGGACGAUGACGCUGGAGCUUGCAGGUCAGGUCACCAUCGCCUGUGAGAAAACAAGCUACAGUGCACAACUGGAGUUCAAACUGAAGCCGUUUCUUGGCAGUAGUGACAGUGUGAAUCAGAUCAGCGGGAAGAUUAAACUGGGGAAAGAAGUGCUGGCUACACUCGAGGGUCACUGGGACAGUGAGAUCUUCAUUAAUGAUAAGAAGACAGGUGUGUGUGAGACUUUCUGGAACCCAACACCGGAGCUCCGUCAGAGUCGUCUGACCCGCUGCACUGUCGCUCCAGAGGAACAGGGGGACUUUGAGUCUGAGAAACUGUGGCAGCAAGUGACUCGUGCUAUACUGAAUAAAGACCAGACGGAGGCAACCAAUGAGAAGUUUGUGUUGGAGGAAGCUCAGAGGAAGUCUGCGCGAGAGAGGAAGCUGAAGAAUGAGCAGUGGAAGCCAGUGCUGUUCGAUCAGGAUGCCAGCAGUGGAGACUGGCACUACCGAUACGCAGACACUCGUCCGUGGGAUCCUCUGAAUGAUUUGGUGCAGUUUGAGAAAGAUGGCCGAGUUCAGACUAAAGUUCGUCACAGGACUCCUAUGGUACGUUCAGCCAGUGUAGUUAGUCUCAGUGCACAGGGCUGCCGGAGGGACAAUUACCUGAGCCAGGUAACGGGACCAAAGCGGAAGCAUAAGCAGAAUGAUAAACCCAAAAAUCCAGAGAGUGGCUGCUCAUCUCCAGAACUGGAACAUCACGACUCAUCAGGCAGUGAGAGACAGAAGAGUAAACCAGGCAACCGUGGGAGGAAGAAAGUGUCGGAUCUGUGUGAGUUACAGAGUGCAGUGGAGUCCAUCAAACACACACAGGAUGACAUCUGCAGGAGUGUGAGCGCUCUGCGGAGUCGGGUAGAGGAUCAGGGCUUCUUCUUCACACAGAGAGAUUACGUCAUCAUCAUCUUCCUCAUCGGCCUGCAGCUCUGCCUCAGCCUCAUCCUCAAAUAGAGAGAGAGAGAGAGACUCUACUUUAUCCUCAAAUCUCUUCUUUCAUCUCCCCUCCCUCUGUCUCUCCAUCCUUCUGUCUUAUCCCCCCCCCAAACACCAGUCUCUCUCUCAUAUCCACAUUCCAUUUAUACUCGUUAGCGUAGUGAAGGCAAGAGUCCGCAUUUCAGGGCAGAGUGCUGAUUGGCUGGUUCAGAGUGAGGUGAAGUGAAUGAUGGGAAAAGUAUUUCUCUGAGGUACACCUCUGCACUCUGUCUGAUUUUUAUUCUGGUUUUUAUUCGUCUUUGUAUUGUUUCAGUUUUUAUGUGUCCAUUCUUCCUGCUGUUCACUGUGUGUGUGUGUGUGUGUGUGUGAGAGAGAGAGAGAGUCACACACCAGUCUAAUGUUUUUAAAAUGUGUUGGUUUUACUCAUUGACAGAAGCAGAAUAUGUCUUUUUUUACGAAUUAACAUAAAUCAUUAAUGUGAUAUAUGUUCAUUUUAAUAUUUAAGCGAGUGGACUUUACAUUUCAUAUGAUUUAAAAAAACAAAUAACUGUUUACACACAACAGUAGCUGUGUUAGCGCUUUAGCGUUAGGAUUAGCAGGAGUAUCUAGGGCGUAGGGAAUAGGGCGUAGGGUUUAGGAUUUAGUAUCAGCCCUGCAUUCAGACUUCCUGUUGUAGCAGAACUUCCUGUUGUAGCUCGCCUCUUCUUUUUUAGCUUAGAUGUAAAUAUUUAAAGCCAAAUAGCCAAUCAAAUGACUGACUGUUGUGUGUGCGAGUGUGUGCGUGUGUGUGUGCGUUUGUGUGUGUGUGUCUGCCAGACAUCUGAAUGUGUUCACAUUAAUAAUAACUCCAGUUAAUGUGCCUUGAAGGGCAGGGCUUCCUCAGAGGGUGGGGUAUCAGAGAGGGGCGUGGUCCAACGGUUUAAUUCCCUUUUCCUGUUCAUUUGUUUUGUUGUGUGUGUGUGUGUGUGUGUGUUCCUGCAGUUCACUUCAAUGUUUAUCUGAAUGACUGAAGUUAACCUCCUGUAUGUUAAUCACCUGUAACACACCUCAAUAAAGAGUAGCAAAACCUC